AUGGUCGGGUUACUGUUCGGAGGGUGUAAGUGUGACUCUCGACCACUGAGAUGGGUUUUACUGUUUCUAUCUCUCAGCCAUCAGGCUUCUUCUGAAUAUUUUUCACUGAAGGUUGAGUCUCCAGUCUCAGGGCUCCUCGGUUCCUCUGUGUCUCUGCACUGUGCUGUCACCAACAAUAUGGAUGUUCGACCCAUGGAAGUGCGCUGGUACCGUCCCAAUAUGUAUGACACCCCGGCUCUGUUCUACAAGGACGCACAGAUCCAGAAGAGUCCUGUAGAUGUUCAGUACCAGGGCAGAGUGUUCCUGUUAGGAGAUCUGGAGAAAGGAGACGUCUCUGUGAAACUGGAGAACCUGACACUAGCAGAUAGAGGAGACUAUGUGUGUUAUGUUAGUAGUGAUACCUGGUAUGAUGAGGCCAUAGUGUCCCUCAGACUGAGAGUGGUGGGAUCCACUCCUGUUCUCUCCAUACAUGAAGCAGGAGGAGGGAAGGUGAAUGUUAGCUGUCAGUCACAUGGUUGGGUUCCUGAGCCGUCAAUCACCUGGACAGAUAAAGAUGGGAGAGAUCUGAAACAUCUCAGUAACGACAAGUUCACCAACAACUCUGUAGGGACUGUAGAUGUGAGCUCGUGGCUGAUUGUGUCUCCCUCUGAGUCUGAGUGGAUCUCCUGCUCUGUGGGUUUGUCUGAUCAGGAGAGAAAAGAAGACAGAAUAAUGUUACACGUCCCUGCACGUGACACAGAGUCGUUGACUGGAUACAUCAUCAUCAUCAUUCCCGUUCUUCUGGUGCUGUGUGUCGUCGGAAUUGCAGUGUAUUGUGUGAUACGUAAAAAAGAGACUGGACCUGCUGACUCCACCUCAGGUAACAGACCCACUCUCACCACGUCAGAGAUCAGUUACAAUUUAGACCAAGUGAAACAAUACAAAGUGAACAUCAGCAUCGACCCAGAGGAAACUCCAGAGUCUCUAAUAUACGAGGGAAAGGAAGUGAAGAGACGUCCUAACUACAGACACAAGGACAGUACCAAGGGUGAUAAUGUUAAAUACUUCACUCUGUGUAAAGAGAGGUUUCAGGCUGGUAAACAUUACUGGGAGGUGAAAGUGAGAGAGUCACAGAAAACAGUAAAACUCUCCUGGUUUGUUGGUGUAGCGAGUGAUGAAGCUGAGAAAGAGUACAACGUCCGAUUUACACGACAGGAUGGGUUCUGGGUUCUCUGUUAUGAAAGAGGAGAUAAAGGAGUUUAUAUCAGAGAUCAAACAGGAGUGAUUUCACUCCCAGGCGUUAAUAAAGAGCUGACAGCAGUGGGAGUGUUUUUAGACUGUGAUACACACACACUGUCAUUUUAUAAUAUUAAUACACACUCACACAUCUACACUUUCACUAAUGUGGACGUCAGAACAUCACUGCGUCCUCUGAUCAGCCCUGGAGUCAGAGACCGUCAUCCUGUAUGGAUUAUUUAGGAGAAUAAAGACAUCUGUAAUAUGAUGUGAGUUUAUAAUGUAUUUAUAUAAAGUGUGUAUACAUCCUGUACAUAACACACUCCUAAUUAAAACCAGAGCUUAAAACCAGACAGGAAAAAGGAGAGAUUUGGACUUUAAGUGAGGGACAUGAUGUCCACACCGAGUGUCUCACUAUUACUGCUAAACUGCAGCUGGACUUCUGAUGGCUGGGACUCUUAUACUGCAUAAAAAAUCACUGCAGGUGUAUUCAGGGUUUUUGCAGUAAUCAAGCGCUCGGAGCAGAAUUGGCUACAAUGUGACCAUUCAAAGAUUUGACACGUGCAGUUUAUUACUAUUCAACUGUGCAUAAUUAUACAAAUAUAGAAGUGUGUUUAAUUAGAACCAUGAAAUUCUGUUACAAUGCAAUACACAGAACAGAGAACAUCUCACUUUUAUCAUUUACUUUAGGAGAACUGGAGAAAAAUAGAACAUUUAUUUACCCUUGUGUGAUGUUCGGGUCACAUUUUCAUUUUAUUAACCAUAAAAUUAUACAAUGAUAUUGUAUAAUUUUACACACACACACAUUUAUAUUACAUAGAGGAUGUUCAGGUCCACUGGA